AUGGUUGCACACGGAGGCCACGAUGAAAUGGCCAUGGGGUCAUCAGAGGGAAUGCAUGCGAGCGAAAUGUCUGGCCAUGGCGGCAUGGCAAUGGCCUUCUUCACAGCAACCAACACUCCACUGUACUCCAAAUCAUGGACCCCAUCAUCAGCUGGCCAAUACGCUGGAACCUGUAUCUUCCUCAUCCUCCUCGCUAUUCUCCUCCGCGCCAUCUUCACAGCCAAGACCUUUCUUGAAAUCAAGGCAGUAAAGGACGCUCUGCAGCGCCGCUACGUUGUCGUAGCUGGCGAGAAAACAGUCCUUGACGAUGAUGCCAACUCGACACAUGGCAUUCUUACGACCAACGGCGUUCAGGAGAAUGUCAGGGUCGUGUCUGCACCAGUAUCUCCCGUCCAACCUUGGAGAUUUGGCGUCGAUCUUCCACGGGCCUUUCUGAUGACGGUUGCGGCGGGUGUCGGAUACCUCCUCAUGUUGGCAGUCAUGACCUUCAAUGUCGGAUAUUUUCUGUCUGUUCUAGCGGGCACGUUCGUCGGUGAACUUGCUUUCGGCAGAUUCAAUCAGGCCGCACCGCAUUAA